AUGUAUUCAAGUAAUAUUUGGAUCAUUUAUGUUAUGAUUUGUAAUUCGUUUAUGCUGACAUCGUCACAAGAAUCCACAGAUAACAGUGAAAACGUCACUGUCGAAAUCCCGGAUUAUAUUGAAAAUUCAAAAGACUGCAUUUUCCCUUUGAAUUUCGAGUUAACACUAAAAUUUCAAAAUGGAAGUAUUCUAUCCAUGCUCCUUACGAGGAACACUAACCUACAUGUAAAUGGACCAUUAUACGUGAUAAGGAGGACACCCAAGGGAACUACAAUGGUUAUACAAGAUAAACUACAAGAAAUACAGGAUGUAGAAUUCUACCAAAAUUUGGAGACCGAAGCAUCAAUAGCACUCACAUGUUACAAGGAUAACGGACUCAAAACACUGGAAAUAACGGGUACAUACACAGCCGCCGAUUUACAAUAUUCUUUAUCUGUAGAUGAAAUAAUAACAAAUCCACCUGCAACAUCAAAGGUCGUCAGUAAAACUGUAUACCGUGUCACUCAAAAACCAAGAGACCUGCUCGUAAGCCAUGACUAUCGACAUCUACCUGCUGACCUACCUACAAACAUACUCCAGAAAGAUUUUCUGUCAACAACUCGACAGCCAGCAGACAAUCGGUCCAGAAGAGGUGUGGGUCCACGCCUGUACACAGUUGAUCUUUUGGUAGUCGUAGAUUACCAGAUAUAUCAGGACUGGUAUAAAAGAGACCUAGGCUAUGAUGACAACAAUAAGGACCAGAAUGUCAAAAACAACCUCCGGCGAUACUUUUCACAUUUCGUCAAUGAGAUAGACCUACGAUAUAAAGGAAUUAUAAGUGCGGAUCUGAAAUUUGCCAUCAGUAUAGCAGGAUUUAUUGUUACCGAUAAACCAGAUACAUAUCCGUGGAUAGAGAUCAGAAGGGAAACGGCCAAACCAAGGGACUAUGUAAAUGCUGACGACGCUUUGAAAGAUUUUAGGUUCUGGGUUCGAAACACCAAAGGUUUACCUCCUCAUGAUCACGCCAUGCUGUUUACAGGCGUUGAUCUUUACUCUUCAAAUGAAAACACCAAGCUGCUACACACUGCAGGCUUAGCCUUUAUCGGGUCCAUGUGUCGACCUAACGGUGACAGUGUGUCAGUAGUGGAGGACCAUGGAGGCUUACAGAACAUCGGUACCGCUUCCCACGAGCUCGGACAUAGUCUUGGAGCGUUACAUGACGGUGAAGACAACAGCUGCACUUCCUCGAACCGUUACAUCAUGGCCUCGUCUGGUUACGGUCCAAUCCCGCCCGAGAAGCGACUCAACCAAUGGAAGUUCUCGUCGUGCACAGUCGACUACUUCCGGGAGUUUAUCAACAACUUGACAAGAAUGGGAUACAGCUGUCUGUCCGACAGUUAUGAAGACGUUGGUGUGGAAUCCACAGAGGUGCCGGGACAACUCUUCAACCCUGAUGAGCAGUGCCGGUUAAUUUGGGGACCAACUUCCUAUCUCUGUCGAGGCUAUGAGUUUGGUAAUGCCAGCACAAUAUGCACAGCAAUGUAUUGUAGAGACCCAGCCACUGAUAGUGACUGUGUACUACACUUCGCGGCUAGAGGUACAUCAUGUGGGAAUAAAAAGUGGUGCUCUGCUGGAGAGUGCGUUUUAUCGCCACACGCUCCAGAAAACCAAGGAACAUGUCUACUUGGUGACCAGCCUGGGAUUGCUUUUAUAUCGAAAACUUGUGAUGAAUUGGUGAACGAAGUACCUGCUUACUGUUACCAGGAGAAAGUGCGAGCGCGCUGUUGUGGUUCAUGUGGCAAAUAUUACACUUGGAGGAAAGGAUGUGAGUAUGGAGAUCGUGUGAAGGGAUGCCAAGCUUGGCAUUGUAACAUGAUAAAUACUGAGAGCAACAUAGAGUCCGAUUGUUGUGGCACGUGUAAAGUCGGUGAGAAAAUCACGACAACACCGACACCAACCUUCACGGUGACGCCGCAACAAAAACCGGAACCGCCAACAAUACGUACAUCGUGUAGCGACAAGGCUGACAUCAACGACAAGUCUUGUGAGGACUUUGUUCACACCAAUGGCCCCCAUCUUUGUUACGACAGUAUCAUUGAAUCCUUCUGUUGUCACAGCUGUUUCAAGUUACGACAGAAUGAAUAUCCAGAAUGUUUAUAUGGAGACAGACUACCAUCGCUGUGUUCCAAUUCUAAGAACCAUUCCGCCAGCUGGUGCGAGACAUAUAAGUCUGAUUGUUGUGGAAUAUGUAGGGAAAUAGCUUCAGGUGCUCCCGCCUUACAGUGGAACGUUGGACUUACAGCGUUAUUUAUCACUCUCCUAGUGUUCAUUUGA